GUCGCAACCCGAAUGUUAGAUCUACGAACCGGGAAUGAAUUGUCGUACCGGCCUUCCCACGACAUUGGAAGAUCAUAGCAACCAUAAAGCGACAAGACACUCUUAUUUGCCCGACGAACCUUUCGCAUCUCUUUCUCGACGGAGAGCUCGCCCGUUCCUGCACCAAUAUGUAGUAGGAUGCCGCAUGGGACAACACCGACCAACACGACGGAGGCCCGAGAAAACCCCCGAGCCACCUACUACGCGUCGAAAACCUGCCGAUAUGCCCGACGGUACGAUGGACGCGUCCUACAAGCUCUGCCCCUCAUAUGGGUCAAAAGAGGAAAUGAACGAGCAUCGACAUCAAGGAGAGUACGGUACACGGGCGCGACUGCCGAUUCAUGGCCGGGCGAUAGCCACACUCGCCCCACAAAAGGUUGCAAUGCCUACCGGGGACACAGUUCAACGUUGGUUGAAAUUCCCAGGACAUUGUUGAAAGUUCAGCGCCUAGGACAGUAUCUACAUAGGUAAAGGUAAGCAUUGUUUGACAGGUUGAACUUCAACCAACGCCGAGGGUUUCUCUGCUCCGGGAUUCUACUAAUGUUAUGAGAACAUCAACCAACGCUGAGCUGUAUGCCCCUGCCGACCAAUAUAGCUAAGACAACCGUGACAACAAUGUGACGACGUGGGAAAGUGAGGG